UCAUGGGGCCCCUGAGCAAUAGGGGAUCAUGGGGCCCCUGUGUCCUUGCCCAAACUCAAAAAAGCCUAUGAAAAAGGUACCAGGGGCAUCUCAUGGGGCCCCCUACUGACCCCGGGCCCUCGGGCAGUGCCCGAGUUUCCAAAUGGUCAGUCCGCCCCUGGUGGUUGUACACUUCAGACAUGAAAUAUGAACAAAGCAUAUCCAACUAUAGUAGCACUAAGUGUAAUUUCUGUCUGCUGCUUCAUUCCUCUGCUAUCAGCAUGAAUCACGUCUGGUAGAUUUUCCUGACACCAAGAG